AUGAAAACUCGUUCCCAGUCGAAAGCCGAGGCUGCCAUUGCGUCCGCGCCUACUACAGCGCCUUCUACUGUAGCCCACGAUGACCAUGAAGCCUCUGCGGCCACCGCGUCAGAAGACAAUCACGUCAAGGACAGUUCCUUGCCUGUCGAGGACUUCUUGCGCGAAUUCCUUCCUAUGCGCGAUGAGCCACCUCUACCAUCUCUUGACUUCGAGUCUCCCUUACCCUGUGAUGCUGACCCAAAUGCGACUGCCUUGUAUUAUAGCAAGGAAGAAACCGCGUCAGCUAUACGCAACGUCAUCAACGGCAGUGGCAUAUAUCCUCACUUCUUCUUCAAUUACCUCCCCGGCCCUGUACUCGCCGCUAUCCCCCCAGAACUCAUUCAAGGCGUUGACAUACCAACCGGCAACAUCACGGUCGAUCCAGAACAGAUUAUGUCGAACGUCAAAGUCACCAUCGAGCUAGAGGAGCAGUCGGGCGACAUUGAUGAGGAAGCGCGCCGCGGUAAAUCUGCGAGGUAUCCCGGCAUAGCCUACGAAAGCGGCCAGACGCUCAAGCUCGUACUGGACACGUUCACAGCCCAACGUCGCACUCACGUCUAUGCAGUGAAGAUCUAUGGCCCACGCGCGCGUCUGGUUCGCUAUGACCCUGUUGGAUUGGUCGUCUCCGAGCUAUUCGACUGGCGUACCAAUCAUGGUCACAUCCUGGCAGACUUUCUCCUUCGGCUAAGACAGGCCGACUCGAACUCGUGCCUAGGGGGCCUCGACGACUCCAUAGGAGACCCUUUAGCACACUUCAGUGCGGAAGAUCUGGUCGCUGCAGACGCAUCAAUCAACGAGUUUGUCCGAGACGUCUACGUGAUACCAGACGGUGCUCGGCCCCAUGCUAUCGCUUGCUGGGACGAUGGCGUAGUCGGUCCUGCCGGCCUUGGGCGACGGCGUGUUUUCAUUGCAGCUCCCGCCAAGGAGAGAUACUUGAAGAUAUCUAACCCGUUCAUCAAGCAUUACAUCGGAUACGACGUGGAGACGCGGCGCUCAUAUCAUAUCAAAGACACAUGGGCCAUCGAGGAUCGAGAAGAUGAGGAGUCUGAUCAACACUACGUGUUCGAGGGACAAACGUACCAGACUUUGCAGGCCGCGGGCGUUCAACAUAUCGCUGAGUUUGAAUGCGCGGGAGUCGUGCGCUGGCAAGAUGGCACAGCGCAAAGAACGCGGUCGCCGGAGUUCUGUUCACAGCUCAGCCCCAAAUUUACACGCUAUCAGCGCGUUCACUAUCGCAUCGUCUUCAGGGAUAUUGGCCGGCCACUCGUCAGCUUCAAAAACACGUACGAGCUCGUUAGGGCUAUAGGACAAGCUCUUGUCGCUCAUGGUCAGGCGUACAGGAGCACGCGCAUCUUGCACAACGAUGUGUCUCCCUGGAACAUACGGAUCAAUCGGAAGGGCAAGGCUCUCUUAGGGAACUGGGAACUCGCAACAAUAGUGCCGAUGGCAAACGAGUUCGGGGCAUUGUCCGCUGAAGAUUGGCACAGCGUCCGCGGCGCUGGCCGGUGGCGCAUACUUAGCGGUCACUCCUUUAUUCCGGGCCCCAUGGCGCACGAUUCCCGUGAGCGCAUACCUUGUGCCACUGACGACUUGGAAUCUUUCUUCUGGGUGCUGCUGUUUUGCUUAUUCCGCUAUCGAUACGCGCCGGUUCAGUGGACAGUUCCUUCCGAGGCUCCAUUCUUUAGGCCGUAUUGUAAGGACCUGUUCAAAGAUAGAGUGGAGAGAAGCGCUGCUGUGGACAUCCGUGACACGCCAAAGCUCGCCUUCUUACACCCUAGGUACCCUCAUCCGUCGGACCUGGAGCUCCAGAAGAUGGUCAAUUACAGGACUGGUCUGCAGAUCCCACGGCCGCUGGGGUUACUGCUGUGUCGCCUGCGUCGGGCUUUUAGUCAAGUCCACUUUGGCUCGAACUUGAACCCGACCGAAGACCCCGGGCUCGCUCAGAUACCAGACGUCACGGGACUCAAUGCGCACAGCGCGAUGAUAUCGUGCAUUAUACAAGCCUUGAGAGAAGCUGUGUGGUAUGGAAACGACAGUGCCGAUGAUCGCCUUGCGGCAUCGCUUGACAGCGAAACAUUGAAACCCGAUGGCGACUUCAGUGCUCGCUCCAAGCUGCAAUCCUCCAUAACACCGUCUUCAACUUCUGAAGACUCUGUCCCGUCUACAUCCGCUGCACCGCCAUCACCUCCAGACGCCGCUGCCGCGCGUGAGGAGGCGGAGUCAGCCAUCUGGGAUCUUCAACGAAGGGUUCGUAGUCCGGAUGCCUCACCGCUGCCUGCCGGGCGUCUUGCACGGGUGGUGAAGCAGAACGCGUCAUAUUAUGAUAUGGCGGUCAGAACAGGCAAGCUCACACCCGCCCAGAGACAAAAGUUGAAGGAAUACGUGUAUCGCUACCACCCAUCGUAUGGGCUUGUCGCGCCCGCACCGGACCUCGCCCAACCUGCCGCAGACUUGCCCAUCGACACGUGA